AUGAGUGAUUCAGAGGAAGGAGAAGUUUUUGAAAGUUUAAUAGCGACGAGAUCCAGGCGGUCCAACGCAGGAUUGAGAUUGAAACAAUUAAUUGAGUUAGAAGAACAAUCGAAUGAGAUCACGGCAACAACCCAAUUUUUAACAGAAGAUGAUGAAAAUGUUAACUUAUUAUUUCAAGAAGAUGGAGAGGAUGAGGAAUUUAUUGAUGAAGAAAUUGAUAAUGCAAACUUGGAUGGAAUAGAUGAAGAAAGCGAAGAAAGCGGGACUGAAAAUGAGAAUGUAGCGAGGAAAAGAAAACACACCUCAAGUGAUGAUGAAGGAGAAGAAGAUGAAAUUUCCAAUAUAAAUGCAGACGAAAUACUAUCAGAUUCAGAGCUAUCUGCAACAGAUUCAGAUGAAAGUGAAGGAGAAAAAGAAUUACUAAAACAGGAGAAACUAAAAAAGAAAAGAUUGAAGAAACAGAGUUUAAUUCCUACUAUUAAACAACCACUGGUUAAAUCAUCAUCCAUGAAGAAGAAACAGAAACGAACACCAUUGGUUACAGCAGACUCAUUGCUAAUGACAAAUAGAAGAUCAUCGUCUCGAGCCGCAGCCGUAGAAAGCAAGCAAGCUUUAGUAGACAAACUAAAAGAAAGCGAAGCUAGAAGGGCAAAGUAUGUGCACAUUGAAAGAAAGCAACAAGUUGAGCUAACGCAGGAAGAACGUCUUGCAGAAGCAGUAGAAACUGAAAAAGCAAACGUGGAAUCACUUAACAGAUUUCGAGAGCAGGAAAUAGUGAAGAAGGAAAGGCAGAGACAAUUGUUGUUGCUGAAACGAAUGAAGUUACAUAAUGUUAUAAGGCUAGUUAGUAGUGAGACAUUUGUAAAACCAAUUGAAGAAGUAAAGGAUGCAAGACGUCAGUACGAACAGUAUAUGAAAAUAAAGAAGAAGCUAGGGAAAAAGAAAAAGAAUCAGUUAGCCGAAAUGGAUUUUCCUACUAGAAUGCCGUUUACAAUUGAUUACGAUUCACCAUAUCAAAGGAAGCUAUUGGAAGAAAAGAAGGCCCAGCAACAACAAAUUGAAAUUGAAAAACUUGAGUCAAUGAACGAAGAACUUCACGAGCUUUUAAAGAAUGCAGACGAGAAGAAGAAUGACAAUAAUGCAGAAAAUGCAGAAUCAACUCAACCAAACAACGUGCACGAGGAAAACCAUAACAAUACUGAAAGUGACCUGAUCAAACUCGAGAAUAACACGGAGGAGAUUAAAGCAGAUGAAAAAGAAAAGAUAGCAAAGGUAAAUGAAAAGGCAGAGAGUUUGCUUUCUGAGGCUACACCAUCAGAUGAGACAGAAAGCACUAAACAACAGACAAUUUCAGAUCAUGCAGUUAAUGAAGAGUUGGAAAUUACCAACCAAACAGAGCAUGAUAUACUUACUCAUGAUGAUCUGAGUGAGGUUAAAAAAGAAGAAUAUGAACAAGCUAACGAAAAUGAGAAAACACUCGUAGAUAGCGAAAAACCGGAUUUGCAAAGUAGCAUAACUGACAAUCCAUUGGAUGAAACCAAAAAUACAGAAACUAUCAAGAGGGUGAAAUUUGCUGAUGAAAUAGGAGAGAGUUCCAAGGAGCCCACCCCAGCUGUUGAGAGUACUCAUCCACAAGAUGAAGAAAUAUUUGAAGGUCCAGUGCAGCGUGUAUCGAGAAACUUGAUCUACAUGAUUGAGUUUGAUGAAGACGAAAAGGAAUUGAGACUCAACCCACUGAAUAUCAAAAGAAUUCUAUUUGGAAAGCAAUCACUUUUGCCUGCUUCACGAAGAUUCAAAGAUGUAAAGACGAUACUUAAAAUUGGGAAACCAGAAAAUCCAUAUGCAGUGGUAAAAGAUCAAAAGCAAAGUUUGUUUGAUCCUGCUUCCAAUAUAACAGAAGACGAUCCAAUGUUUGACGAUUUGAAAAAAUUGCCAAAGUUAGGAGUUAAACAAGACGUGGUAGAAAUUGUGGAAGAUAAAGAGGAAACCGAGUCUGCUAAUAUAGUGUUAAAGACAGAAGCGCCAACUGGGUUAUACCUUCCUAAUGGCAAUAAAAAAUCCUGCAUGAUUUCAGGCACAGAAGUGAAGUACUUUGACCCUUCAACUGGUAUUCCCUAUAGUUCAGUCGAAGCAUACAAAAUACUCAAAUCCAUUGAACUGGGUCAUGUUCCAUGGUUGAGUCUUACGGAUGAGUCGAAUGAUACUGGUAACGUCGAGCUCUACCUAGGAUGUAGAGAUGGCAGUGUCCGACAUGCAGAAGGUGUUCCAGAAGGAUUUGAUGGUUAA